CCCCCAAAGCACAAAUAAAUGCCAGAUUAUCAUGAUUGUAAAUUUGUAUUUUGUAUGGAUGAUGCCAUAAUUUAUUAAAACUAAAAUCUCCAAAAUAAAAUUACGCAUUUUGUUGUUAUUAUUAUUAUUUUGAACCGCAAAUACAUUUAAUGAUUGUGAGAUUCUAGAAUCCCUAAGAUUCCUCAACGGAUACGCCUAGAUAUAUAUAAAUCCAUAAAACCUAGAAGUUAUUUGUAGAUAAAGAUUUGGAGAGAGAUUAAAAGAAGGCAUGGAGAACAAAAACAAUUCAGGUAAGUACCAUGAAUGCGAAUCUCUUGCGAAGACAACGUGGUCGAGAUAUGAAGACAAACUUUUUGAGACGGCUUUGGUGGAUGUUCCGGAGAAUAUCGAAGAGCGGUGGCAAAAGAUAGCUGACGCCGUUCCAGGUAAGACGGUGGAAGAGGCGAAGGUUCGCUAUGCUGAGCUAUUGCAUGAUUUAGAUGAGAUUGAAUCAGGUCGGUUUGAGUUGCCCAAGUAUCCAGAAGAUUAUGAUGUAAUUAAGGAAUCGUUUGUGAGUUCGGAUUCUGAAUUUAGAAGUAGAAAAGUCGAACAGAGGAAGAAAGGGACUUCCUGGACUGAAGAAGAACACAGGAAAUUCUUGGAGGGGUUGAAAGAGUAUGGAAAAGGUGAUUGGCGAAGUAUAUCAAGAAACUGCGUGAUCACAAGGACGCCCACGCAAGUGGCAAGCCAUGCACAGAAGUAUUUCCUCCGACAGAGUAAUUCGCAGACAAAAGAGAGGAAGAGAGCAAGCAUCCAUGACAUAACCACCACAGAUACCACCACAAUGGUGGUGCAGCCACCGCAGCCCACUAACAUGUAUGGUGGCCAAGGUGGAGCACCACCCCAAAUUGGGUAUGAAUAUCAAAAUAACUUUGGGUUCCCUAAUUAAUUGAAGAUCAAAAUCUAGAUGACCAAUUUAGUACAAAUUAAUAUACCCCUCCCUUAUUGAAAAAUUAAAAAAAUAAAAAAAUAA